AUGAAUAGCGAACAAGAUAAAUUAGACUCGACGAUUACAAUAAUCGACACGGACAAAGAGAUGAACAUAGACCAGGAAGAGGAUAUGACAGGAGGACUGGAAAGGAAGGACACUCAAACGCAGGAGCCGAGACAGGCGGAAUACUCUCUCCCGGUGUACGGCACGGAGAUCCAACCGAACACAGAAACGUAUGAAAUCAGCUCGUCGGAUAGCGAUGUGACCGAUUACGGGAGGAAUAGGGGAAAAAGGGCGGUAAUAGAAGAAGAUUCUGAUGCGUCUCCCCCCGAAAAGAUUAACAUCGGCAGCAAGGGUUCCCAAAGAAUACCGGGGAACAGAAAGAGAGAGAGGAUAGCCUCCGACGCGGACUCCGAGCAUAGGAGGAGCAGGACCACCGGAGAUUACGUCGGUAGAAGAGAAGCGAUUCUCCGGUAUAACGAGGCUAAGGAGGAGGCCCUACAGCUAGAUAGGGAAAAACUUAUCCGAGAAUACAGCGAGGUAGAACUUUUCAAAAAAGCAAAGAUCGACAUGGUCAAAGUUAGGGAACAACUGGAGGAAAAUUCAAUCGAUGAAUUGAUAACUAAAGCCAGUGGUAAUUGCGCCGAAGUCCUUAGAAUUGCGAGAACAUCCAGCAAUCUCAAGGGGACAUUUCAAAAAAGUUUGAAACUCGCAGCAGCUACAUCCCUGGGUAUCGCCGAGAUCCUGAAAGAGAAAAUGUCACUGUCGAAGGAAGAGGCGAAGUCACAGGAAAUUAAAUCGCUCAAAAGAGAAAUCUCCAGGAUAAAAUUAAAGAUGGAAGAGGAAAUAGAGAGAGAGAGAAGAAAGGCCCUGCAGGCGGCAGGAGAGGCCGAGGCUUACAGGUCCGAACUGCAGGCCCUCAAGAAGGAGAAGCAUGACAAAAGAAAAGACAAGACUCCCAGUCCAAAAGAAAAGGAUCACAAUAAAGGGAAGUCAACAGCAAAGUCUCCUUCGGAAACGCCGAAGAAGUCUAACUCCAGGAGAACUCCGUCCGUAAACAUAAAGGCGAGAGAUAAACUGAUCACAUCUGAAUCAGAACACAUGGAAGUCGACGAGAAAUCUCCAAAGUGUAAGAAAGUCUCUUUAGAUGACCCAAAGAAGUGGCCGGAAUCUCAUAAAGAAAAUGGAGAAAAACGCCAAUCUUCUAAGGAAGGAAAAGAAGAAGGGCAUAAAAAUCGAAAGAAUAUCUCAGACAUCGACUCCUCCGAGUUAGCCAAUUUGAUAAGAGAUAUCGUGGCAAAGGAACUGGAUAGAUGUAACAGCAAAAAACCAAGAAUUACAGAAAUCCAAACUCUUAAGGAACCCUUAAUCAUGGGUAAAGAAGCAGAGAAGUUUGGAAAUAAAAACAAGCAAGAAAAGGAAGACUUUAAAAGCAAUAAAAGCACCCCCAGGGAGACCCCGAGAAAAAACAUGGAAAAAGAAAGGAAGAGAACUCUUACGACGGAAGAGGAAACGGACCGGGAGAAGAAAGAACUCCCAUGGAGUAAAGUAAUAGGAAGAAAGGAGAAAAAGACUGCGAAAACGGGCAUACCGCCCAAUUCCGGUGCCAGAAAGGCCACCAUGACCUCUACUCCGGCUAAAAAUUCAAAGACAGUACAAACGGAGGGAAAUAAAAAUAGAAAAGCUCCCAAAUCAGCUGUCGGGGAGAAGCUACGUAUGCAGAAGUAA